AUGCAAUCACAUCAUAAUAUGUUUGUAUUCUCCAAAAAUCUUAAAAUUAAAUUAAAAAACAUUCCAAUUAAGGUAAUAUUUUAUUAAUAACCUGAUCAUUUCAAAUAAUAAUUCAAUUUUAUGCAGCAUCUCCUUUUUGAAAAAUAUAAGAAUAUUAUCAUAUUACUGUAAAUAAUUUAAAAACUAAUCUAAUUAUCAUUGAACAUAAAGAUUAUCCUAAUGAAUUUUACUUAAACCUGA